GCAGGACCCACGCACCUGGUUUCGUCGCUUGUCUGGCCCCCUCUGAUUUGCCCGCCUCCAUCUUGGGCUCGCUUCCCCUGAUACAACCCCUGAGCCUACCCCGGCCCGCGUUUAAUUCUGACAUGUCGAGCCCACCCUGUCCCGGAGCCGCACACUACUGUACGGAGCACACCUCGUCAUUCGUUUCGAGGCGCAUGAAACCAACUGCCACCAAAGGGGCAGCAGGCGGGAACCAGGCAGCCCAGGCUCGUGGGAUCUCCAGGGCCAAACUCAUCUCGGCUGACACCGAUGAUGGCGGGUCCUCCUCGGUCUUGUGUUCCAAGGAGGGUCGAGCAGGGCGGCAGCAUAACUAAUACAUAAGGGACGUCUCCUGAUUUCUCUCCCGGGCUGUUUCCAUCUCUUGGCUCCUCAUCUUCAGCCUCAGCUUAAGCUUCACUACAGUUCUCCCUUUUUGGAAUCAACAGCCAUUCUUUUCUAGCAAGCCAGCUCUUGCGAAACCAUUCUUUCAAACCAAUCUCUAAAAAAACAAACACACUCACUUAACAGGCCGAGCCUAACAAGUUGUUUCCAAAAACCAAAAAAGUCCCACCCUCCAACAAACCAGCCAAGAUGUACAAGCAAAUCACCGCAGCCGCCCUCUUCGCCGCCGGCGUCUCGGCCCACGGCCGCGUCACCUCGCCCACGCCCCGCCCCCUCGGCGCCGCCAUGAAGGCCGCCUGCGGCGACCAGGUGUGGAACAUGCAGUCGUCGGACAACAACGGCAACAUCCAGACCAUGGCGCAGAUCGGCACGUCGCAGUCCGACUUUGACGCGGCCAAGUGCCACCUGUGGCAGUGCCGCGGCUACCAGUUCGACGACGCCACCGACGCCUCGGUGCAGAGCUUCACCCCGGGCCAGAAGGUCCCCUUCGUCGUCGACAUCGCCGCGCCCCACUCGGGCGUCGCCAACGUCUCCGUCGUCGACCUCGGCGCCAACGCCGUCAUCGGCGACGCCCUCAUCUCCUGGGACAGCUACGCCUCCACCGAGCGCGGCGUCCAGCCCGGCGACGAGAACUUCUCCGUCACCAUCCCCACCGACCUCCCCGAGACCUGCUCCCAGAAGGGCGGCUGUGCCAUCCAGUGGUGGUGGGACGCCCGCUCCAUCGACCAGACCUACAUGAGCUGUGUCGACUUUGUCGUCGCCGGCGCCUCUGGCUCCUCCGCCCCGGCCCCGGCCCCUGAGGCCCCCGCCGCCUCCGCCCCCGCCGCGUCGGCCCCCGCCCCCGCCCCCGCUGCCUCCAGCGCUGCCCCUACCACCUCGGUCGCUGCCAACGCUGCCGCUGCCGCCCCUACCGAGGCUGCUGACGACAACGCGUCUGCCUGCUCCAAGCGCAAGACCCGCCGUGCCUUCCGUGCCUAAGCGGUUUAGGGCUUGAUCCGGGCUGGCGUGGGUGACUAGGGUUCAGUGGUGAUGAGAGUUUGGGGAAUUGGGGACGAGAUCCGCUUCCUGGGUGAUUGUGGAUUUGGGAACCGUUGUGUUGCUUCUCUGUAUAUACCAUACAAUUCAAGACUUUGCUGUACAUGACUUUUGA